GUGAAUGCCCAAAGACAGUCGGGUUUCGGCUUCUUUCAACACCACGUGCGCUGUGUCUGCUGCUUUGUACUGGCUGCUGUGCGCUUGUAUUCCAAGUACAAAUUCCUUGAGGCACCUUGUGACACUUGUUGAGCGCUCCCAGGCGCGCGCCGAGGCCAAGAUUCUCACCACCUGCCAUCAGACCACGGCGACAGUCCAGCUAUCGAAACAGGACCACGCCCUGAAAAACGCACGACCAACGUCUUCUGCCCAGGCCACGCAGUCUCUGAGCCUUGUCCUGCUUACGUGGAAGCCGGCAUCUUCGGUCGCGCAUCGCGCACACCCUCCCCUCUGCGCCUGCUCUCCAAGGCUACCCUACAAGGCUACCCUACAGGGCUACCGUCUGCGCGCGCAAAACCCACCCACCAUGGCCAACACACAAAUCCGCCGCAAGGACACCACCAAAGGCCCACCGCUGCGCAUUCUGUCCCUAGAUGGCGGAGGCGUGCGGGGGUACUCGAUGCUCAUCAUCCUGCAGGAACUGAUGCACCGCACUUUUGUCGAGAGCGAAGGCAGGGCACCCAAGCGACACGAGAUACCGAAACCAUGCGAGCACUUCGACCUCAUUGCGGGCACAGGCACGGGCGGGCUGAUUGCCAUCAUGCUGGGGCGGCUGCGGAUGGAUGUCGAGACGUGCAAGGACGUCUACGUGCGCAUGACGAGGAAGGUCUUCGAGACAGACAAGACGUUUGCUGGCAUACCCUACCGAUCGACGCUGUUCAAGGCCUCCAAGCUCGAGGAGGCCAUCAUGGAGUGCGUGCGCGAACACACCAUCUACGACGACGAAGGCAACGACAACCACGACGGCCUGGCCUCCUCGGCCGACCUCGGUGCCCCCAUGACGCCGGGCAGCGCCCUGCACCAAGGACGCAUCCACCGAAGCGCCAGCAACGCCAGCCGGUACAGCCAGAUCGGCAUGGCCCCAGUCAACAUGCGCGUAGCCGCCAUGAAGUGGGGCAAUCCUCACGCGUUGCUGUACGACAACCGUGAGGAGCGCACAAAGACCGCGGUCACGGCUGUCUACAAGGGCACGAAGAAGGCCGGAACCGGCCAGAUCUGGCUUCGAUCCUACGACUCGCGCAAAGAACCCGCCGUAGCGCCCAACGCCACCAUCUGGCAAGCGGGCCGUGCAACCGCGGCGACAGCGCUCGCCUUCAAACCAAUCCAGAUUGGCCAGUCCGUCUUUCUAGAUGAAGGAUCUGGCAAGUUCAACCCAGCGCCCAUGGUGCUCGACGAGGCUGUCGGCAACGAAUGGCCCGGCCGCGAGAUUGGCGUGUUCCUCAGCAUCGGCACAGGCAAGCGGCCGGAUGGGACAAGCACCCAAGAACACCUCUGGUGGGAAGGCUUCGUCUCGGGUGGCAUUGGCGAUUUUGCAGAGGCUCGGCGAAGACUCAUCUCCAAGAUCGAGGGCUGCGAGAAGACACACAAGGAGAUGAAGGACCACCUUGCACGGCGCCAAGUCAACCCAGAGAACUACUACCGCCUCAACGUCAAUGUGGGUGUGGGCGAAUUCGGCAUGAACGAGUGGAACGCUCUCUCCGAGAUCAGCACAAACACACGCAUGUAUCUGGCCGAAAAAGACGUACAGGGCAUGUCUCUCGACGCCGCUGCGAAGAUUGCGCGAAUCCACCGCGCAAAGUUGCGCUGGGAGCGUGCGGAAAGGGGCCAAAAUCCUCUUGCAGCCGCAUCUCCACCACCCAGCAAGCCGCUGCCAACGAUCCCAGACCCGAUUGGCUUCGCCGUCGAGCUUCCCGCUGAGGAGCUCACCCCCGAGUACAUGUCGACGAUGCAACAGUCCGACCUUCGCCCUGCACCCUUGCAGCCCCACCGACCGCAACACCAAGACAACGACAAGUAUCUCGUGGUCUCCUCUGACGAGUUCCCACAGCCCGUGGGGAGCAUCAACGACAUGCCACCGCGGCAUUCGGGCGAGUUGGUCUCUCCAGGGCGCACCUCAGACGAGCAGUUCUCCACCGACCGCCCCAUGUCCUACGCCGGGUCGCCGAGGAUAAGCUACGAGCCACCACCGCGGCCGCCGAAGACACCACUACAGGACGGCAAGGCCCCGCCGCCUCUGUCCGCACACCCAGCGUUCAGAACGUCGCCUUCCCACCGCACGUCUCCACCGCCGGGGGGUGCAUUCGCGCGACCGCCGCCAGGCGCGCCGCUGCCCUACCCAGACGACGACGGGCCGCCGCCGGUGGUCAACAAGGCGAGCAAGCCAGAGUACACGCGGUAGUGCCGUGUCAACCAGGCGAGCAAGCCAGAGUACAUGU